AUGUCCGCCCCCACGACCGCUACUCCCCCCGUUGCCUUCAACCGCCUGAAGCAGAUUGCCACAGAUGCAUGCCAAACUGCGAUCGGCUCUGCUGAGUUCUACGACCACGCAAAGACGGAACAGUGGAACUCCCAGAUCAUUUCUUCCGUCCUGAAGGCCGUCAUCUCGGAGUCCACCCCCCAGGGCGGCUCCGCCCCUGCGUACAAGUUCGCCUGCAACUCGACAAUCGUUCAGCAUCUCGUACCUACCUCGAGCCUGAACAAGUCCAAGGGCACCUCCGCUUCCUCCGAGGAGCCGCACAUCUCCACCAGCGCCGAGUCUUCGUCCACCGGCACGGACGGCAAGCCCCACGUCGGCCGCCGCGGCAUGCACAGCGCUACCGGCGCCUACUGGGAUGAGAAGAAGGACGGCAUGUGGAGCUACAAGUACGAUGGCGGUGAGGGCAAGGGCAUGGAUGUCGUUAUCAUGCUCAUCUGGGUUGCCAUCUAA